AUGAAUUUGGCAGAGGAUUUCACGCACAGUUUAUAUGGACCUAAUGAUAGGGCCAAUGUUGAAUGUCUUAUUAGUACAUUACCAUUAGAGUCCAGUAAAACUAUCAAUUCAGUUGCUAUUGAUUCGGUUCAGAAACCAUAUUCGCCGACUUACAGAAAUCAAGGAAUUACUGACAGGCUUGUAUCCAAUAUACAUCCGCAGUUGAAUACAUACAAUAAGUUGUUCAAUAAUUCUGUUAAAUUGUUCAGAGAUAGGGCAUGCCUCGGAAGUAGGCCAUAUAAUUAUGAAGUUGGGGAAUCAGAGAAGCAUUUCAGAAGUUAUUCGUAUGAAGAAGUGGAUGAGAGACGGAAGAACUUGGGAUCGGGGAUUCUCCAUAUUUUACAGGGAAGUGAAUUCAAAACGAAUUCACUGGAACAUAAGAAAAUAGAUAACCAUUUCCGUGACUGGGAAAAGUACGGCCGUGUUAUAGGAGAUAGAGAGAGCAAUUGUUCGUUUAUUGUGUCAAUUUUUUCCGCCAAUAGGUUGGAAUGGGUUUUGGCAGAUUUGGCUUGUUCGGCGUAUUCUUUAACCAAUACGGCAUUAUAUGAUACACUCGGGACGGAAGCAACGAAAUAUAUAUUAGAGUUGACGAAGAGUCCAGUGGUCAUUAGCUCACGGGAUAAAAUAAAGGUUAUCAUUGACUUGAAAAGGAAAUUUCCUGGUCAGUUGCGAGAACUUAUAACCAUAGUUUCUAUGGACCCGUUGUUUCAUUUAUCUGAAAACUCAAGAUUUCAAGCUGACGAUAAAUCAUUAGUUUCUUUGGCCAGGGAUUCUGGAAUUUCUCUUUUCGAUAUAGAUUACGUCGAAAAAAUCGGUAACUCAUUUAGAGUAGACGAGUUACCACCAACGCCAGAAACCAUGUACACCAUAUCUUUUACUUCAGGUACGACUGGAUCUAAACCGAAGGGUGUAAUAUUAACUCAAGAAAAUGCUGCCACAGCUAUAACUUUCUUGACCAGUACAAUGCCUCAGAUUGACCAUGGUAAAGCGUUUAUAUUUUUACCAUUGACCCAUAUCUACGAGAGAAAGACUACUGGAUUUGCAUUGUCUACUGGAUAUUACUUAGGAUUCCCCCAGUUAAAUGUUGCUCCAUCCGCAACGCCUCCAAAUCUGUUUGACAACCUCAUGGAAGAUCUAACAAUUUUUAAACCCCAUUAUUUAUCACUAGUUCCUAGGGUUUUGACCAAGAUUGAAUCCUUAACGAAAUCUGCUAUUGCAAACUCCAAAGAGACUUCGGCCAAACUUAAUGAAAUUGUCAACUACAAAUUAAAGAAGCACACAGAGGCAGAUGGAAGUACGGGGGCUCGUGAAGACUAUGAUAAUUAUGCACCUUACAAGGCCCUUCGUAAAAAGUUUGGGUUCGACAACUUGAUAUGGACUCAAACCGCAUCUGCGCCAAUUUCUCCCUUAACACUCAUUUACUUGAAAGCCGGCUUAGGUAUCGGGUUAAGGCAGUUAUAUGGGUUGACUGAAUCGUUCGGAGCCGUAUCGCUGAGUGAUGCGUACGAGGCAAAACCAGGCUCGUGUGGAAGUAUUGGGAUUGGGUGCGAAAUGAAGGUGCAAGAAGUCCCUGCAAUGGGAUACUACGCCGAAGACAAUAAAGGCGAGUUAUUAUUGAGAGGGCCCCAGAUCUUCAAAGGCUAUUACCGUGAUCCCGAAGAAACUGAGAAAGCCCUAGACAAAGACGGCUGGUUCCAUACCGGUGACAUUGGAAUGAUAAACCCCGACACCGGCAGACUCUACAUCAUAGACAGAGUCAAGAAUUUCUUCAAAUUGGCCCAGGGCGAGUACAUAUCUCCCGAAAAGAUUGAAAACGUCUAUUUAUCUUCCAACCCAAUUCUUGCCCAACUAUACGUCCAUGGUGAUUCGCUCCAGUCGUAUUUAGUAGGAAUUGUGGGCAUAGAACACGCUGCUGGAGUGAAGUUUCUACAAAAUGUUUGUGCAUACCAAGAUGAAUUAUCACCCGAACAGCUAAUUACCGAAAUUAACAAGCCACAGAACAAAAAGAAGUUUUUGGAAAGUAUUAACUCUACUUUGAAGGGUAAGCUUUUAGGAUUUGAGAGACUUCAUAAUAUUGAUAUUGAUAUCAAUCCUUUGACCGUGGAAAAAAAUGUAGUAACUCCAACAUUAAAGAUCAAAAGAGGCAUUGCUGCCAACUACUUCCAACGUGUCUUUAAGAGGUUAUACGAUGAAGGUUCAUUAAUGAAUGCAAAAUCGAAGCUAUAG